AUGCCUCCGCUGAGACUCCUGGCCCUGCUGGCCGGCCUUCUGGCAUCCUUGAGGGCUGGCUCGGCCUCCCGCGCUGACAUCGUGGGCGGCCGGAGGGCUCGGCCCCGGGAGUUCCCGUUCCUGGCCUCGAUUCAGGAUCGGGGCAGGCACUUCUGCGGGGGCGCGCUGGUCCAUGGCCAAUUCGUGCUGACCGCGGCCAGCUGCUUCCGCAACCGGAACCCUGGAAUUGCCACCGUGGUGCUGGGAGCGUAUGACCUGCGGCGUCGGGAGAAUUCCAGGCAGACAUUUUCCAUCAGGACCAUCAGUGAGAACGGCUACGACCCCCAGGAGAACCUCAACGACCUGCUCCUGCUGCAGCUGGACCGUGAGGCCAACCUCACCAGCAACGUGGCGCUGGUGCCGCUGACCCAGCAGAAUGUCACUGUGGAAGCCGGCACUAGCUGCCAGGUGGCCGGCUGGGGGACCUGGCGGACUGGGGGACGUCUGUCCCGCUUCCCAAGGGUCGUCAACGUGACCGUGACCCCCAAAGACCGCUGUCGCCCCAACAGUGUGUGCACCGGUGUGCUCACCCACCGGGGUGGAAUCUGCCAGGGUGACGGGGGCAGCCCCCUCAUCUGCAAUGGUCUGGCCCACGGCGUGGCCUCCUUCACCAUGGAGCCCUGUGGCCGGGGUCCCGACUUCUUCACCUGCGUGGCACGCUUCCGAAACUGGAUCGAUAGUGUCCUCAACCCCCGUGCUGGCCCGAGGGAAGCCCCGUCAAGCCGUGCGGAGCCUGUGACCUGCUGUGGAACCCAGCCUUGACCUUCGUAUCCUGGGGCACUACGCAUGUCCCCACACCUCCAGGCCUGCCCCCCGCCCCCAGCCCUUGUACUCGUGACUCUAAUAAAGAAGCCAUUUCUCCUCUGCUCCUGAUUUCUGCUUCACCAGGGUAGACAGGGGCUGGGAGGGAGACAGGCCCCGUGGCUCUGGGGAGGGUGAAUGGAACAUUAGUCGGCAUUAGGGGCAUCGCCCCAUGCGUGGUAAUUGUACAGAUGCUGAGAAACAGGGACUGUCGUUACGUCCACCUGGCAGAGGGGAUGCUGAGUUUAAGAGAGGUUCGGUGACUCACCUGAGGUCACAGAGCUUGUGUGAACUUUGAACCCAGAUCUAUGCGAUCCCGGGGCCCCUUCACCCCCUCUCCUUUUGGUGGAGGUUAUUUUGUGCAGCAGCAUGCACGGGAAACCUGGAAACAAUAUUGGCCACUUGGAUCACAGACGGCUAAUGUGCCUGAUACAUAAAGAGCUAAAAUAUGACCAUUAAAUAAUAAGUGUAAUUGUAUAUAUAAGUGGUAUAGAUAACAAUGUAGUUAUGUCAUAUAUAAUUGUAUUAAACUAGAUAAAAUGUCUUUAUUAAAAUAAAAAUUUCAAACCCU